GCCGCUUCAAGAGCAGACAAAGAGCAACAAGAGCCAAGAGAAGCGGACUGAAGAAAACACUGGUAAACGCUCUUGUCUGAUAGACCUCUCCAGCAACUUCAACAGAUCUUCAUCUGAGAGCCUUUAGACUUUUUCUUCUCAGGAUCAGGGGCUGAUUCCAAAGUUCUCACUAUGAGACUUAGCGCUCUGGCGUUCUUGGUUCUUGGAACCUGCGCUUUAAGCGUGUGGUGCCAUCCAAUUAAGUCUGUCUUUGUGAACUUCCCUGGGGAUGUAAUCAAAAACAUGACAGACACGGAGCUGGCUGAGACGUACCUGAAGCGCUUUGGUUAUAUGGAGGUCCAGGAGAAGAGCGGGCUGCAGUCAGUGGUGUCCACCUCUAAAGCUCUGAAGAGGCUGCAGAGGCAGCUGGGACUGGAGGAGACCGGCGCACUGGACAAAGCCACAGUCAGUGCCAUGAAACAGCCUCGCUGUGGUGUGCCGGACAUCCGCAACUACCAGACCUUCCAAGGAGACCUGAAGUGGGAUCACAAUGACGUCACAUACAGGAUCAUGAAUUACUCUCCAGAUAUGGAAGAAUCUCUUAUCGAUGAUGCCUUUGCCAGAGCCUUCAAGGUGUGGAGUGAUGUCACGCCUCUGACUUUUACCCGUCUCUAUGACGGCACGGCUGACAUCAUGAUCUCAUUUGGAAAACAAGAUCAUGGAGACCCCUACCCAUUUGAUGGUAAAGACGGCCUGCUGGCUCACGCCUAUCCCCCUGGUGAAGGAAUGCAGGGGGAUGCCCACUUUGAUGAUGAUGAAUACUGGACCCUUGGCAAUGGACCAGCUGUUAAGACUCGCUAUGGCAAUGCAGAGGGCGCUAUGUGCCAUUUCCCAUUCCUCUUUGAAAGAAGAUCUUACUCCACCUGCAUCACUGAAGGCCGUAGUGAUGGUCUGCCAUGGUGCGGCACCACUGCUGACUAUGACAAAGACAAGAAAUAUGGAUUCUGCCCUAGCGAGCUUCUGUUCACAUUUGGAGGCAACAGUGAUGGAGCACAGUGUGUCUUCCCUUUCACAUUUCUGGGGAAACAAUAUGACAGUUGCACCACAGAAGGACGCUCUGAUGGGUAUCGCUGGUGUGCGACCACAGCCAACUUUGACACCGAUAAAAAAUAUGGGUUCUGUCCUAAUCGAGACACUGCAGUGAUUGGUGGAAACUCUGAGGGUGAGCCAUGUCAGUUUCCUUUCAUCUUCCUGGGAAAGACCUACACUUCCUGCACCAGUGAAGGCCGAGGUGAUGGAAAACUCUGGUGUGCUACAACCAGCAACUUUGACACAGAUAAAAAAUGGGGCUUUUGUCCAGACAAAGGAUACAGCCUGUUCCUGGUGGCAGCUCAUGAGUUUGGACAUGCUCUUGGUCUGGAUCACUCCAACAUUCAGGAUGCUCUGAUGUUCCCCAUGUACAAAUAUGUAGCAGACUUCUCUCUGAAUGAAGAUGACAUUGAAGGCAUUCAGUAUCUCUAUGGACCCAAACCAGGCCCUGAUCCCAAGCCUCCCCAGCCUACAACCACUACAUCUUCCCCAGUUUCUACUCCCAAACCUACUGCUCAAACACCUAAGCCCACUGCCCCAAUUGUACCCACCACAACCCCAUCUGUGGACCCCUCCAUGGAUGCCUGCAAAAUGGACAUAUUUGACACAAUAACAGAGAUCCAGGGCGAGCUUCAUUUCUUCAAAGAUGGGCUUUACUGGAAGACAUCAAAUGGUGGUGACGGGAAAAACAAAGGCCCUUUCCGCACCUCUGAGAGAUGGCCUGCCCUGCCAAAUAAGAUCAACACUGCUUUUGAGGACCAUCUGACCAAAAAGAUCUACUUCUUUGCAGACACUCAGUUCUGGGUGUACAACGGACAGGAGGUCCAGGGACCACGCAGAAUUGAGAAACUUGGCCUUCCUAGCACUUUGCAGAAGGUGGAGGGUGCACUGCAGAGGGGGAAAGGCAAAGUGAUCCUGUUUAGUGGGGAGAACUUCUGGAGGCUGGAUGUUAAGACACAGCAGAUAGAUAAGGGAUAUCCUCGCUUCACUGACGAGACCUUCGGUGGGGUCCCAGGGGACUCUCACGAUGUGUUCCUUUACAAGGGACACUUCUACUUCUGCCGAGAAAAGUUCUACUGGAGAAUGACCAGCAGGCGACAGGUGGACAGAGUUGGAUAUGUGAAGUAUGACCUCCUGAAGUGUUCUGACUACUGAAUCCGUUACCUUCAGAACUAAGUAUUUUAAAGACAGGAAAGCACAAACGUUUGGGAUGAGAAUCCAUCUCAAAUAUGAAAGUGUUGUUGAUAGAAUUGAAACUUAACAUCUUUUGCAGUGAAUACAGAUAAAAAUUAAAUUAAUUCAUUUUAAGAGACGAACAUGUUUUCAUGUAAGUUAUUAAAAUAUCUUUGCCUGGAGCAAAUGAUAACUCAAUACUUAAUGUUAAUGUUAUAAUCGGUUGAUGUAUGAUGGGUUUUUUUGUAUUUUUGUUGUCUUGUAGCCAAAUUUGCACAAGUGAACAUUUCCCAGUUGUUUAAUUUAUUUAUAAAAAUCAUUAGUAUUUUGUUAUAUGAACUAUCCAAUAAAUGUAUUAUUUAAAUCUCGA